ACGCCGCCAACAUUCAUUCUAGUUAUAGCCGGUAGCGCGAGAACACAUUUAGUUUCCUCUACUUUUACCUAACAGAUUUUAAUUUGAAAAUAUGGACUUCGUUGGCAAGAAAUACAAGAUGGUCUCCUCGGAGAACUUCGACGAGUUCAUGAAGGCGAUUGGCGUCGGCCUCAUCACUCGCAAAGCGGCCAAUGCCGUGACUCCGUCGGUGGAGCUGAAGCAGGAGGGCGACUCCUACAUCCUGGUGACGUCAUCCACCUUCAAGACCACGGAAAUGAAGUUCAAGCCCGGAGAAGAGUUCGACGAGGAGCGUGCUGACGGUGCCAAGGUGAAGUCGGUGUGCACGAUUGACGCCAACACACUGAAGCAGACGCAGACGGCCGCGGACGGCAUCGUCGUCAACUACGUCAGGGAAUUUGGACCCGAAGAAUUGAAGGCUACCAUGACCGCAAACGACGUCACCUGCACCCGAGUGUACAAAGUACAAUAAGCUUUUCAAGACUGCCGGGCUGUGCCCUUUACUAUGUCCUAUUAUUUUAUAUAAUGUACCCAAUAAACACAACUAUUUUCAUAAUGAUUAGGAUUAUAUCGGAAACGCACACGCGAUUUUGGACUGUAAGCGUAACAUCUUAGAGUUUGUUCUGCGAGGUUCUCGAACUACCAAAGCUAGAGUAUGAAUGGGAUAUAUAAAACGUUACAGCUGUUGUAUAAGUUUUAGUGCAUAUUUAAAUAAAGUUCUUUUUUUACUUUAUAAA